AUGCCGCCCAUCCUUAGGUCAAAUCCUCUAUACACGGAGGAAGAAGAACAAGAGGUAGUGAUCAUUGUGGACGAAGAUGUGACGGAAGGUGAAUCAACGAGUGCGCCUCACGUGCCUCGUAGAGCACCUUCCACUUCUUCAGGGUAUGGCAGCGCUGGCGGUAGUCACGGUCGGGUAUCACCAAACUUACCAAAGAACGAGCAGUUCGAGGCAGAGCCGGUAAUACGGAUCUCGGUGUCGGACAAGAACGAAGGAUCUCAAAGCACGUCGGACUCCGACGGCAGCCCGUCGUGCACGCUGUCGAGGAGUUUGAAGGAUGAUAUAAGAGCAUGUUUAGGAGGAUGCAGAUGGGAGAAGGACGUAGGGCAUGUAGUGGAGGCAGCUGUCCGUGGUGCUGGAGGAAUAAACGCAGCAAGAGCUCGUCUCCACGCGGCGUUACUCGCUUUGCACGACCCGCCCAUUAACAGAGGACCCAGUCUACCGUACUGCGGACCUGGAGUCAGACCUGGAGACGUCACUAUGAUGCCCAAGAAUCAGAUGUCCUUGUUGGCAACAAGCGCUCUAUUCACCCUCGAUGGAACUCGGGGAGAAGAAUUAACAAGAAGGUUAGCUCGAGCAGAGAAAAGAAGAAGGAGAUGUCGAGCAGUUUUAGCGGUUUUGGCGCUUCUGUUGCUGCUCGUGGCUGUGGGAGCAGUAGAGCUUCUGCUUUCGAGAGGACAGCGGGUGUUUGGCGCAGUGCUCCGUUGAUAUGUUCAAGAUUUAUUACUUUGGUACAAAAUUAUUAGCUACUGUUAAGGCCAUAGCUUCUUUUGGUGAUAUUUAAACGUAAUGAUUUGGUGAUAGCUCCGGGUGAUGUAUAACUAAAUAUUCGUAUACAUUAUUAUGAAUGAAAAAUAUUUCGAGAAAACGAAAAACAGUAAAUACUUACUGUUAUAAAGCAACAUUUUACGAAUUACAUAUUUUUAAAAUAACAUU